CUACAAGGAAAGGAAAGACUAAUUACAAUCCUACUAGAACAAAGUUUAAUUACAAUCCUACUACAACUAGGAUAAAGACUUACCCUUAAUACGCCCCUCAAGAUGGAGGCGGCGUCCGCAAGCCCAAUUUUGGAGCAGGGAAGGCAGAAGCGGGUGGAGGGAAGGGGUUUAGUAAAAACAUCCACAAGCUGAGAAGCUGUAGGCACAUGACGGACGAUGAGUUGCUCGGCUUGGACAAGCGGACGGACGAAGUGGUAAUCCAACGCAAGAUGCUUCAUGCGCGAGUGGAACACGGGGUUGGAGCUGAAGUUAACCGCCACCAUGUUGUCGGAGAAGAGAACGGGGGCAUGCGGAAGUGGUUGGUGCAGCUUAGAGAGAAGGUUGCAAACCCAGCGAACCUCAGCAGUGGCAAGAGCGAUGGCCCUAUAUUCUGCUUCAGUACUGGAACGAUAAACCAUCUUUUUUUUCUUGGAUUUCCACGAAAUUAAGGUGCCGGCAAGAUAGAGAAGAAAACCAGACGUGGAGGUGCGAUCAUCCGGAUCACCCGCCCAGUCAGAGUCGGAAAAUGCUCGGAUACGUAGUGGAGUGGACUGGCGGCGAAUGUGAAGGUCGAGGGAGCUAGUGCCGGCGAGAUAGCGGAGGAGGCGCUUAACAUGCUGCAGUGGAGGGAGGUCAGGGCGGGCAUGUACUGAGAUAGUUUGUUAACAGUAAAUGCGACGUCCGGACGAGUAGUGACCAUAUACUGGAGGGCACCAAGAGCCUGAUGAUACAGGGUGCCAUCAGUAGGAGUAGUGUCGUCGGUAAGAAGGAGACGAGUCGUGGAAGCUAAGGGGUAGUGGCGGGGUUCACAUCCUGCAUUUGGAAUCGAGUAAGUAUAUCUUGGAUAUACUUGUGUUGAGACAAUGUGAAACCAGUAGGAGUAGGAAUGACAUCAAUCCCCAGGAAAUAGUUCACUUGGCCAAAAUGACGGAGAGCAAACCGAGUGGUCAGUUGUUCCUGGAAUGUACGGAGAAACUCGGAGUUGUUGCCGGUGAGGAGAAGAUCGUCCAUAUACAUGAGGAAGUAAGCGAGAAUUCCAUGUCGAUGAUAGACAAACAACGACACAUCAGAGUGAGUCUUAGUAAACCCACAUUGUACAAGGAACGAACUCAACUCGUCGUACCACGCGCGAGGGGCUUGGCGAAGCCCGUAGAUAGCUUGGCGCAGUUGACACACGUGAUUAGGGAACUGGGGAUCCCGAAAUCCAGGAGAUUGAGCCAUGCAAACCUCUUCAUGAAGUGGACCCUGAAGGAAUGCAUUGUUGACAUCGAAUUGAUGGAUCGGCCAGUUAUGAGAGAGGGCAAUGAUGAAUACUGUGCGGACUGUGACAGGCUUGAGAAUGGGACUGAAGGUCUCGUGGAAGUCAACUCCUGGCCUCUAGUGAAAUCCCUUGGCGACGAGACGAGUUUUGAAUAGUUCAAUGCUUACAUCCGGACGAUGUUUGAUGCGAUACAACCACCGAUUGCCAAAGGGGUACCAUCACAGAUUUCGGGCGAUUUUUCCGAAAUGUCAUUUUCUUUCGAUUCUGGAGGCUACUUUAUCACCGAAUCAGGCCGAGGCUAUUCUCCGCCGAUAAUGAAGUCUAUUGAUCCUAUUCUCCACGGAUGAUAAGUCCAUUAAGCACCGAUUUGAGCCAAUUUAUUUUCGGAUGGCAUUUUCGUAAUUUUUGGGUGACGAAAGAACAUUUUCUUUGCAUAUUGAAGGCUACAGAUCACGGAUUCGGCCUGAGGCUAUUCUUUAACGAUGAUUGAGUCCAUUAAGCACCGAUUUGGGUGGAUUUAUUUCGGGUCAAUUUUUGGCAGAUUCCAAAGGGGUACCAUCACAGAUUUCGGGCGAUUUUUCCGAAAUGCCAUUUUCUUCCGAUUCUGGAGGCUACAGAUCACGGAAUCAGGCCAAGGCUAUUCUCCACCAAUAAUGAAGUCUAUUGGUCCUAUUCUCCACGGAUGAUAAGUCCAUUAAGCACCGAUUUGGGCCAAUUUAUUUUCGGAUGACAUUUUCGUGAUCUUUUGGGCGACGAAAGGCCAUUUUCUUUGGAAAUUGAAGGCUACAGAUCACACAUUCAGGCUGAGGCUAUUCUUCAAUGAUGAUUGAGUCGAUUAAGCACCGAUUUGGGUGGAUUUAUUCCUGGUCAAUUUUUGGCAGAUUCCAAAGGGGUACCAUCACAGAUUUCGGACGAUUUUUCCGAAAUGCCAUUUGCUUUCAAUUCUGGAGGCUACAGAUCACGGAAUCAAGCCGAUGCUAUUAUCCGCCGAUAAUGAAGUCUACUAGUCCUAUUCUCCACGGAUGAUAAGUCCAUUAAGCACCAAUUUGAGCCAAUUUAUUUUCGAAUGGCAUUUUCGUAAUUUUUUUGGCGACGAAAGGCCAUUUUGUUUGGAUAUUGAAGGCUAUAGAUCACAGAUUCGACGUGAGACUAUUCUUCAACGAUGAUUGAGUCUAUUAAGCACGGAUUUGGGUGGAUUUAUUCUGGGUCAAUUUUUUGCAGAUUCCAAAGGGGUAUCAUCACAGAUUUCGGGCGAUUUUUCUGAAAUGCCAUUUGCUUUCGAUUCUGGAGGCUACAAAUCACAGAAUCAAGCCGAGGCUAUUCUCCACCGAUAAUUAAGUCUACUAGUCCUAUUCUCCACGGAUGAUAAGUCCAUUAAGCACCAAUUUGGGCCAAUUUAUUUUCGGAUGGCAUUUUCGUAAUUUUUUGAGCGACGAAAAGCCAUUUUCAUUGAAUAUUGCAGGCUACAGAUCACGGAUUGGGCAUGAGUCUAUUAUUCAACGAUGAUUGAGUCCAUCAAGCACUGAUUUGGGCGGAUUUAUUCAGGGUCAAUUUUUGGCAGAUUCCAAAGGGGUCCCACCACAGAUUUCGAGCGAUUUUUCCGAAAUGCCAUUUUCUUUCGAUUUUGGAGGCUACAGAUCACGGAAUCAGGCCGAGGCUAUUCUCCCCCGGUAAUGAAGUCUAUUGUUCCUAUUCUCCACGGAUGAUAAGUCCAUUAAGCACCGAUUUGGGCCAAAUUAUUUUCGGAUGGCAUUUUCGUAAUUUUUUGAGCAACGAAAGGCCAUUUUCUUUGGAUAUUGAAGGCUACAGAUAAUGGAUUCAACCUGAGCCUAUACUUUUAACAAUGAUUGAGUCCAUUUAACACCGAUUUGGUCGAAUUUAUUCCUGGUCAAUUUUUGGCAGAUUCCAAAGGGGUACCAUCAUAGAUUUCGGGCGAUUUUUCCGAAAUGCCAUUUUCUUUCGAUACUGGAGGCUACAGAUCAUGGAAUCAGGCCGAGGCUAUUCUCCAGCGAUAAUGAAUUCUAGUGGUCCUA